UAGCCGCCCAGCAGGUCGCAGGUUUCGUUUCCCAGGUCUUAUUUAACAAGUAUUCGAGGAUUUCUAAAUAAAAAUGAUCCGGAAUCGCUUUGGCAACUUGUCGCGAGUCUCCGCCCAGCUGCAGCGCCAUGUCCAGCAGAUGUCCACGAGUGCGGCGGUGGCUCCGGCGGAGGGAGCCACCGUCAACGAGUUCCGGACGGCGGUCACCAAUCCCGGCGAGCACUCGGCACAGCAGGUGGCCAAGUUCUACACGAUUCCCGCGGAGCAGAAGAAGCAGAUCUUCGCCGGCGGCGGCCUGCCCAAGCAGUACGAGCAGCAGAUCAAGACCUUCACCGAGGCCUGCCUGAUGGUCCGGAAUCCUGCCCUGGAACUGCUGCAGUACAUCAAAGAUAGCGACCUGACCAAGCCGGUGGUGCGGUAUGUGCUGUAUGGCGAAAACGGAACCGGCAAGACCCUGACCAUGGCCCAUGUGCUGCACUACGGCGCCCUCAACGACUUCCUGCUGGUCCACGUGCCCUGGGCUCCCAACUGGAUGAAGCGGCCCAAGGAGGCGUCCAAUGCCGCCGGCCAGGAGGGCAUGAUUGACCUGCCCUUCGAUGCGGCCGCCUGGCUGGUGCACUUCAAGGCCCAGAACGGCCAGCUGCUCCAGCGGCUGCAGCUGAAGACCAGCAGGGAGUACGUGUGGAGCAAGCGCGAGAGCACACCGGCAGGAUCCUCGCUCGUCGAGCUGGUCGAGCACGGGAUAGCUCGCAUCAAGUACGCCUCGGAGACCACGGCGGCGCUGAUUGCCGAGCUCAAACAGCUCUCCACCGCCGGCCAGUGCAAGGUGAUGGUGGCCAUCGAUGGCUACAACGCCUUCUUCCAUCCGAUUACCCGCAUCUUCUCCGACAACAAGCAGCGCGUGACUCCGGACAGGAUCACGCUCACCCAGCCCUUCCUCGACAUCACCAACUACGACUGGACGAACGGAGUGUGCAUCCUGUCGGUGGACAAGAUCGCCAUGACCGAGGGCCACAUGGACUCGUACAUGCCGCGCUAUCUGCUCGGCCAGGAGGGCUUCGAGCACCUCGAUCCCUUCGUGCCCAUCCACGUGGAGAACUACACGGACAAGGAGUUCCACAGCUACAUCAACUACUAUCUGGACCGGCACUGGAUCAACAAGACGCCGCAGGGAUUCGAGGAGCAGCUCAAGUUCAUGAGCAACAAGAACCCCUACUCGCUGAUGCAGCUGGUGAGGGCCUUGUAGAAUUGUCCCUUAUUCGUUAGCCAAUAAAGUUAAAUAUGAUUUGUUAAACUCGGAACACGGACACUUGACCCUCCUUUCGAUUUGGAAUAACUGGUCUGGCGAAUUCAAAUUGGAAAUUUAUUUAACGAUAAUCAGCAAUACAUAAUAAUGCACUGUAAAAUAUAUAGUUUCGUACGUUCACAUAUGUGUGUGGGGUUUACAUGCAGUUUCAAAUGUUCCGAAAUCAAUACAAGUCGGGUCUACAGGCUGCAGUCUCCAGCAAAUACGACUAUAUCUUAGGUUUCGUUCCGGUGUGUGUGUAAGGGGUGUGUGUUUUUGAAUGAACAAAAUAAUAACUAGGCUGCCAUUAACAUUUGUCGUCAUAUUCGUAUGUAUAUUUGCAUAAUUUCUAUUACAAUUUUAGUUGCUUUUAACAACAAUAACAAUUAUGUAUGUAUGUGUUUGCUUAUCUUUCUCUGAUCGGAUGUGGUUUUGCAUUAUCGUAGCCGAUCUAUGUUGUAGAUUCUCGUUUGCGUCUCUAAUGUUCAUUUGGUUUAAAGUUUAGACUUUAAAGUUUUACGUGAAUAUGCUGAUGCUUUGAAUAUACGUAGGCGCGCGUGAUCGUGUGGUGUGGCAUAUGCACUAUGUGUAAUAAAUCAUACCGCUUCUAUAUACUUGUUAUAUAUAUUAAUCGUGAUCGUUUGCAGUUGGUUUUUCUGUCCUGGCGACGUAACAAAUAAAAAUAAAAAGCCUCCUCGUCUAAACGUAAACAUAAUACAAAAUGCAUUAAACAAAAAUUAGGAUAAACUUAAUCGCAGAGUGGGAGAAAGCAAUAGGAUUAAGCGACUGCGGGGAGGAUACGUAUAAGAGUAAACAUAAGGGAGAUAUAUAUAUUCAAUUGAUAUAAAUUAGAAAUCGAUGUAAACUUCGCAUGCGUCAGUGGUAAGGUAAAAAUGUAAAUAAUAUGCGACAAAACAAAACAAGGACAUCUGGCUCGACUGGGAUCAUCCCUGAAUACAUCCAUUCUCUGCCUCCUUCUUCGAUCUUUCAUUUCCAAAUGCUCACAGGGCCCAACACACGGAUUCCAAAGUCUCAGAUCCUUGAAACUCAAUCCUCGGAGGAGGAGUGCGGUUGUUGAUUGGUGGUGGGUGUUUCUCUGUUCGGUUAGUUGGUUU